CAAGGUUUUAACAAACACCGAGGAGUCAGAGUACGCUACUUUGCCAGCUACAUGACUCUACUCUGGACGGAUAUAAGAAAGAGCGUAUAACUUUUAACCACUAUUUAUAUGUACGUUUAAUGUUUUUAUAUAGUUACUAAUUCUCCUUUAACGUCUGGACGCUUUGUUUAGCCAAAUGCAUAAGACUGACACGGCACAUUGUAGCUAGCUAGCUAGCUAGACUAGCUAACUCGUUAUAGCAAGCUAAGACGGAGUGACACUAGCUAUAUAAACAACUAGCUGGCUGCUUAGCUGUUUAUUCUAAGCACAGUUCACUUGUUAUCUGAGUUGCCUACAGAAACCUGGACGACGUGUGACUCGGAAAAGGCAGCAUGGCAGAGGAGGAUCCCUACCUGCCACCUCAUUUUUUGGAUGUGGAUCUGCAGACGCCAUGGAUAGGAAUGGACACCCUCCAUUUUCAGCCCAUGCCCCACACGAACAACCUGAGGCUAGCAGAUGGACCUUACCUCCAAAUCAUAGAGCAGCCCAAGCAGAGGGGCUUCCGGUUCCGCUACGGGUGCGAGGGUCCAUCCCAUGGGGGGCUUCCAGGAGCCUCCAGCGAGAAAAAUAGGAAGUCCUACCCUCAAGUGAAGAUCUGCAACUACCAGGGCCCCGCGAAGGUGGUGGUCCAGCUGGUCACCUGCUCCAAGGACCCUCACCUCCACGCCCACAGCCUGGUGGGCAAGCAGUGUGACAAGGGCGUGUGCAUCGCCGACCUGCAGCCCAAAGACUCCAGCAUCAGCUUUCCGAAUCUGGGCAUCCUCCAUGUGACAAAGAAGAACGUGAGUAAGACUCUGGAAGAGCGCAUGACAGAGGCCUACAGGAUGGGCUACAACUGCGGCAUUGUCAUCCACCCCGAGAUUGACUGCCUCCAAGGGGAGGUCCGCCUGCCCAGGGAGCUCACAGAGCACCAGAAGAGUCUGAUUGCCACUGCAGCAAUGGCUCAGUCUAAAGAGAUGGAUCUGAGCGUGGUGCGGCUCAUGUUCACCGCCUUCCUGCCAGACAGCGAUGGCGGCUUCUCGCGGAGGCUGGACCCCGUCAUCUCCGACCCCAUCUACGACAGCAAGGCCCCAAACGCCUCCAACCUGAAGAUCGUGCGGAUGGACCGCACGGCGGGCUGCGUCACUGGCGGAGAGGAGGUGUACCUCCUGUGUGACAAAGUGCAGAAAGAUGACAUCCAGGUGCGCUUCUACGAGGAUGACGAGACGGGGCUGACUUGGGAGGCCUACGGGGACUUCAGCCCAACGGACGUUCACAGGCAGUUUGCAAUCGUCUUCAAGACCCCGAAGUACCGCGACCUGAACCUCCAGAAGCCCGUUUCUGUGUUUGUGCAGCUGAAGAGGAAGUCAGACAACGAGACCAGCGAGCCCAAGCCCUUCACCUACCACCCGCAGGUCAUCGACAAGGAGGAGGUGCAGCGGAAGAGGCAGAAGACCCUGCCCAACUUCCAGGACUACGGUCCCUCAGGGGCGGGAGGCGCCGGGGGAAUGUACAGGGGGGGCGGGGGCGGCCCUGCCACGGGAGGGGGUCCCGGCACUGGAGGAGGCCACUCCUACUUCCAGGCCUACUCCGCCUACGGGAACAACAGCUACGGGAGUGGCUACUCGUACUCCCAGGGCGGGGGCGGGACUGGCAUGAAGCACGCCUCGCAGGCCCCCCCAGGUGACGCAGGCGAUGGCGGAGACAGCGACAGUGACGAUGACCCGGCAGCUGGGGCGGUGGUGAGGGCCAGUCCGGCCUCCGUGACUCAGGAGGUGGCCUGUGCAGGUGGCGAGAGAGGCGGAGAGGCGGGGCCCGAGGAGGAGGCGGGGCUGGCGUCAGAGCAGGCUCUCCCUGAACCCACAGAGGGCCGAACCCACGAGUGUCUGCUGGAGCAGAGGAUGGUGGAGCUGGCCCAGCGGCAGGCCCAGGCCCUCUUCCAGUACGCCGUCAGCGGGGACGUCCGCAUGCUGCUGGCUCUGCAGCGGCCCCUCAUGACCACCCAGGACGAGAACGGAGACACAGGCCUGCACCUUGGGGUCAUUCACAGCCGGACGGACACAGUUAGGAGUUUGGCUGAGGUCAUCUCUGUCCUUCCAGGGGAGGACGUGGUCAAUAUGAGGAACGACCUCUACCAGACCCCGCUGCACCUGGCCGUCAUCACGCAGCAGGAGGAGGCGGCGGCGGCCCUGCUGGAGGCGGGGGCGGACGUCAGCCUCGCCGACCGCCACGGAAACACGGCCCUGCACCUGGCCGCCCAGCAGAAGGAGGGGAGGAUGGUGGAGCUGCUGCUGCAGCACCGGGAGACGGCCGGGCUCCUCGACCUUCCCAACGCCGCAGGGCUGUGUGCGCUCCACCUGGCCGUGCUGGCGAACAGCCUGGGGGCUCUGAGGCAGCUGCUGCAGGGCGGGGCCGACACCGACGCCCGGGAGCUGAGCUGCGGCCGGACGGCGCUGCACCUGGCCGUGGAGCUGGACAACAUCUCCCUGUCGGGCUGCCUGCUGCUGGAGGGAAACGCACACGUGGACUCCUGCACUUACAACGGCUCCACCCCCCUCCACAUCGCCGCUGGCCGCGGCUCCAUCAAGCUGACCGCCCUCCUCAUGGCCGCAGGCGCGGACCCGCAGAAAGAGAACGGCGAGCCUUUGUACGACAGCGAGGAUGAGUGCUACGCCGAGGAAGAGGAGGAUGAGGAUGAGGGCUUCGUCCCGGGGACCACGCCGCUCGACAUGGCCGCCUCCCCUGAGGUUUAUGAGCUUCUGAAUGGUAAACAGUACCAGCCAGAAACCAGCUAUCUCACUGUGCCUCCACAAGGAGACCUCCAGAAGCUGGAUCAGGGAUCCAGGCAGGCGCUGUGCCGGGCCCUGGAGCAGCCCCCGCAGAGUUGGGAGAGCCUGGCCGACGUGCUGGGUCUUCGCGUCCUCAGCAGCGCCUUCAGACUGAGCCCGUCCCCCGCCCACACGCUACUGGACAGCUACGAGGUAUCGGGCGGCACCCUGAAGGAGCUGCUGGAGGGGCUGAGGACUGUGGGCAACAGAUGCGCCCUGGAUGUCCUGCAGAAGGCGCUGUGUGGGGCCAUGUGUCAGGAGGAGGACGCGUUCCCCCCUCAGACGGCAGACAGACUCGCAGACGGGCCCGUCCCUCAGCACGCGCUGGACCUGAAGGGGGGCGAUCCCGAGGAGGGGUACGCGUGCGACAGCGGGGUGGAGACCUCCUUCAUGAAGCUGAGCCUGAGCCUGUCGGGGUCGCUGUGCGGGCCCCCCGAGCCGUCCGAGGUGCCCGCCCCCGGGCUCUACGCGCCGGGGGAGGUAUAGCGGCGGCCCGACCCGCCAGCAUGUGCACCUCGCAGCCCAGCGCCCACACAAGACUGCAUCAGCCUCAGCGGGCUCCAGGGGGCGCUAGGACGGAGUCCCUUCCAGCACAUCAUUCCUCAGGCAUAAGCUCUGUUCACUUCAGAUGCAGUAGUGAUGCACUUGACAAUUUUUUUGCUUCGUUUUGCAUAUAGUUAUUAUGGUUUUUUUUUUAACUGCUCAUGAGUGCUGAGAAUGAAAUAUUCAAGAAUUUUUAACAAGGGGGAGCGGGACAUACUACUGACAAGUGGUCACAGACAUUCUCUGUCGACAGAGUCCGUUUGAGAUUUUUGUCUCUCUCCUGAUCCAUGGAAUCAUGCCUUACGUGCGAUGUGGGGAGUGAAAACACCUGGCUUCGUUUCAGCUGGGUUGCAUACAGCGCUCAGAAGUCCGGAGAAGGAAGAGGACGCCACUUUCAGCCCUGGAAUUGAGAGGCCCCUGAGGGGCUGUUCUCAUGAGAGAACGGCAUCAGUCUUCACUGUGAGCAGGUGACAUAACUACCGAUAUCAGUCCUGUCCAUGUAUAGGAAGCCUGUGAUAUUACAGCAGUGAAUGCAGACAACCAUGACAAUACCUGUGCUAUAGCAGAAACAGUAGCCUUUUGCUGCCUUCCUUGCCCAUGGUCCCAAUAGAGCACUUGAACAAUAAGAAUGAUCAUGAAAAUUGAUGCUUGUUUGUCUGGGGGGG